AUGUGCUUCAAAAAAGCCAAAACGCUGGUUAAAUACCCCUUUGGAACAUGUCAACAGAAGAAGAUUUUUCCUUACUCUUACCCCUACAACUUUUUGGGGAACAAGUUUCUCCCUCUCAGGGGAGCACCCCACAGAGGGCCUGGGUGUUACACAACAGAAAAUAGGUAUGACUGGGUGUACAACCUCUCCAAGAUCCCAACCAGUAGAAAAGGAUAUACUUUGGGAGCCAGAACAACCCCAAGAUUUAAGCCAAUCAACAAGGAUAUGACACCUCACCCAGGAACUUAUCAGACAGUAAAUUUUCAGGAGCAAAAACCCAAGCAAAAUUUUGCUCCAUUUAAUGUCAUGUUGCCUCGAUUUAGGACACACUCGAAGGACAUGUAUUAUCCUGGCCCUGGUAUAUAUAACCCAAAGAUAAAGCCACCUCCAAAAGUCACCUGGCCAAUGAAAUUUGGAUCUCCAGACUGGGCUCAGGUUCCAUGUCUACAGAAAAGAACCUUAAAAGCUGAGCUGCCCACGGACAAGGACUUCAGAAAACAUCGGAACCGUAUGGCCUACCUGAGCCUGUUUUACGACUGA